AUCAACCAAUAACUCCGCACUUGGAUUCUCUCCAUCUGUCUGCACGCACGAAUAAAGGGGACUUUCUGUCUGUCUGUAUAUGAUUCCAUUUCUAGUUCCUUCCUCGCUUCUCCUGCUUAAAUCUUGCUCCACAAGCCAAGUACAGUUCAAAUUUGCUUCCUCCAUUUCUACGCCAUCCGGAGAGCAGCAGAACCAGAGACGCUACACGUUCACCGUACACGGUACACGUAACUUAAAUGGCGACCGUUGAGAAGCAGGUGAUGGUGGUUGGGGUCGAUGAUAGCGAACAUAGCAUGUACGCUUUGGGCUGGACAGUGGAUCAUUUCUUCGUUCCUUUCGGUUCUAAUUCUCCUUUCAAACUCGUCGUAGUCCACGCCAAACCUUCUGCCGCCUCAGCCGUCGGUCUCGCCGGACCUGGGGCUGCUGAGGUUUUGCCUUAUGUGGAUUCGGAUUUGAAGAGGAUAGCAGCAAGAGUUAUUGAGCGGGCUAAGGAAAUCUGCGCCAGUAAAUCGGUGAAUGAUGUCAUAUAUGAAGUUGGAGAAGGUGAUGCUAGGAACGUCCUCUGUGAGGCUGUAGAAAAACACCAUGCUUCUAUACUGGCUGUGGGUAGUCAUGGUUAUGGCGCUAUCAAAAGGGCGGUUUUAGGCAGCGUGAGUGACUACUGUUCUCAUCAUGCUCACUGCAGUGUGAUGAUUGUGAAGAAGCCUAAGAUCAAACACUGAGAUUGCUUUCUUCUUCCCUAAUUAUCAUCCAUAGCAGUAAUUCAUCAUGGAAUUUAAAUAAUGGUGCACCCUGUCCGUGCCAGAAUCAUGUAUUUCAUAAUUUCUGCAACUCUUUUGUGCAUUCAAGUACUUGUAUGUAGUAUAUAUAUGAAUCUGUGUUAUAUAUAUUAUCUGGAGGCUGGAGAAGGAAGAUUGAUCAUCCCAGAGUCUUUUAUCUUUUGUGAACCAAAGGUCAAAAAGGGUAAUGAGUGAUUACUUGCAAAGAGGGAAGUUGUUGGGAGGGUUAGAAUCCAAACUCCUAGUGCAAGGCGAAUACUUGUUUUAAUGGCAGAUUAAUAAUUGUGUGUGUAUAUAUUUAUCAAUAUUCAAGAUUAUUCUUUAUCAGUGAUGUUUAA